AUGAAGUCUUCACAACCCGACAAACGUCUCUUCAACCCCACAGAUAUUCAUACGACCUUCAAAAAGAUUUCUGAUCGCGAUCUUCAUCCACUCGGACUCUCAGACGAUCCGACCCAGAAAGCGUCCGACAAUGUCCGGAGAUGUGAAAAUGAAGCGACUCCCGCACAUCUCCGAGUUCUAGCAUCUCAGUGCCAUGUCGCGCCCUACAUUGACAAGGAUAUUGCACGAACGUCGGGACUCCCCGCCAAGUCACUGAUUCAUGCUCGAUGA